GAUGGAGUCUCUGUUAUUCCUAUCACUGGGAUGGGAGGGUUGGGCAAGACCACACUCGCUCAACUUGUUUACAAUGAUGUCAGAAUAGUGAAUCAUUUUGAUCUCCAAGUAUGGAUUUAUGUUUCCGACGAUUUUGAUGUAACUAGAGUGACAAAAAAAAUUUUAAACUCCAUUGUUCCUGAGCAGGAUGAUAGCAAUAUUUUUAGCCUCCAUUUUAAUGAUCUAAACCGGCUUCAAAUCAAACUGAAAAGAGAACUCUCUGGUAAGAAGUUUUUGCUUGUUUUGGAUGAUGUUUGGACGCAGAAUUAUAAUGAUUGGACCGUUCUAUAUAGUCCAUUUGAAGCCUAUUCACCAGGAAGUAAGAUUGUUGUUACAACUCGAAUGGAAGGUGUUUCAUCGAUAAUAAAAACUGGUGCAGGGUACUCAUUGGCAAAAUUGUCAGAUCAUGAUUGUUUGCAAGUUUUUACUCAACACUCGUUGGGAACAAAAGAUUUUAGUGAGCAUGAUCAAGACUUAAAAGAAAUUGGCGAGAAGAUGGUUAAAAAGUGUGAUGGAUUGCCUUUGGCAGCCAAAACUCUUGGUGGCUUAUUACGUGGUAAAUAUGAUGUCAAUGAUUGGAGAGAUGUUCUAAAUAGCAAAAUAUGGGAUAUAUCGGAAGAGGAAGGUGACAUUAUGACCAGCUCUCAAAGUAAGUUACUAUCAUUUCCCCCACAUUUAAACAAGUGUUUCGCAUACUUCGUUAUUCACAAGGGUUAUGAAUUUCAAGAGCAGAAGAUGGUUUUAUUAUGGAUGGCUGAGGGUUUCUUGCAAAGUGAAAAUGGUGUGAACAAACUGGAAAACUUGGGCUGCAAAUACUUUCGUGAGUUAAAGUCGAGAUCAUUUUUCGAAAAAUCCGACUCCAAUGCAUUGUUUGUGAUGCAUGACCUAUCCAUGAUCUUGCUCAAUGGGCUGCUGGAAAAACAUACUUGA